AUGUCUAUUGAUGUGUCAAUUGUAAUGCCAGUGAGAAAUGCUGUUCAAUGGCUAGAUGAAACUUUUCAAAGUCUAAUGCAACAAGUUGUUGAGAAUAUUCUAAUUGAACUAUCGAUUUAUAAUGAUGGCAGUGCAGCAAGUGAAACGAAAUAUAAAUUGAUCGUUCAUGGACAUGGGGACGAAGAAGCUCGUGGCGUCGGUUAUGCGAAAAAUCGAGCUGUCCAACAUUCAUCGGGACGACUCCUAUGCUUUCAAGAUGCUGACGACCUGAUGUGUCCUAACCGAAUACAAGAACAGUACCGUAUUGCUGUUAAGCAAACAGACAACGCAUUUUUGAUCGGAUCAAAAUACGAACGCAUCCCAGAAGGAUCGACGGAUCGAUAUACUCAAUGGGCAAAUAACUUAACGGAAGAACAGCUCUGCACACAAAUCUAUUUAGCACAUGGGCCUACUCUGAUUAUGCCAACAUGGUUUUGUGCACGAUCAUGGUUUGAUCGCUUGGGUGGUUUUGAUGAAAUUGCUCGAGUGAACUAUUUGCGUAUAAAAGAAAUUCAGACAAAUGUGAUUGAUAAUCUUCAACGAUUGACAAUAUGGAAUGCUGGCAAACAAGGAAGAAAAUUUUAUCGCUCAUUGAAUGAUGACAAUAAACGCAAGGUCAGUGAACUUUUCGUAAAAGAUUACAAAAGUCAGGCCACUCCACCGAUAAUUAUAUGUGUGAAACUGGGUUUAACAAAUAAUGAUUUUGAAGCGAAUCUUGCUUCGUUAAAUAUCCGUGAAGGCGUUGAUUAUUGGCUUUUCAGUUAA